AUGAUAAAGUCAUUACUCGUAUUCCUCUCACUCUUUUGCCAUAAUCCAAUAUGCAGUCAAUCUUUACUGACCGCGCUCCCGACAAGUGAUCAGACAAAUAACAUAGUUCACACUACUACUGAUAAUGAUAAUAAUAAUAAUGUCACCUUUGCUGCAAAUGAACUGACGAUAUUCAGUGCAGCCGCUAGACGUUUCAAUGAAUUUUCAGACAGUUUAAGCUGGCAUCUAGUAAACAAUAUUACUGGAGUGGAAAGGCAUAAAGAUGGACAAAUGAACUUUGUUAUGCAUUUUGCAGAAACAAACUGUUCGAAAGUGGAAAUGAAACGAUUCGACGCUCGAGAAUGUCAAGUGUCGAAUAAUCCAGCUAGAACAAUAUGUCUGGUCAGGACACAAGUUCAACAGAUGCGAGGGGAAGUCAGAAUUAAUGAUUGUAUCAGAAUGGUGGAAAGAAGUUUAGAUCUCAGCAAGGAUAUACGUGAUAUUGAUCGUAUGAGUCUGAGAAAUGACUACUGGUCAUCCGUGAUCAUGGAAUCGGUCAAUUCGUUGAAUAUGCAAAAGAAGUUUCCAAAUAUCUUACGAUUGUAUCGUGUGGUGAUCGGUACAGAGAUUAUAGAUGACGACUAUGUUGCGGAACUGAUUGUUACCUUGAGAUCAACUAAAUGUGACUUGGUGGAUGACUUGAAGGAAUUACGGGCUCUUCGUACAAAUUCAUGUUAUGCUGAAUAUCAGCAACCAUCGUUUGCCUGCAGACUACGGGUGUACAGGAAUUCAAAAAAUGGUUAUGUGAGGUCAUCACACUGGGAAGACUGCCAGAAACUUACAAAUCACACGGUCUUGCCACGUUAUAACAAUUUAGAGAAGUAUCGGUCAAAAGAACUCCUGCUAAAUACAACGCAAUUACGCCGUCCACUUAAAACACACGAACUGGCUGAAAAACGCUUUAAAGAUGCAGUUGACAAAUGGUUCAAGGUGUAUGAUUCAGAUCGAAAAAAUGCACCACAUGUGAAAGCACUCUCCUGGAUUGCAAACGCUUAUUCUGACACUGAUGGCAAGUACACAUUUACGUCUGUUGUGGCAUUCUAUGCUUGUAAUAAUGCAACCGGAGAUAAGAAGAAACAGACAACUAACAGCUGUGAGAAAUCAAAAUCAAAGACACAUUAUCGUUUAUGUGAUGUGGAAGUCACAGCGAAGCUUGUUGUUGCAUAUACCUGUCAACGUGACAUCUUGGAUUCCAAACCAUCAAACGCGGUACUAUUGAUGUCAGGUGCAGAAGAAGAAAAAAGUCUUCAAUAUCGUAGUCUGAUUGAGAGAGAUUUGAAUGCACGAGCGAACCUACCAUACGCAUAUGAAAUAGUUGAGACCAGCCAAUGGACAACAAAUAAUAACAGUUUCAAGUUGAAUGUGUACUUAAAACCGACGAUUUGCAAAAAGGUUACAUGCGACGUCGAUCAGAAUAAGGAUAAACGUAUUCUUUGUGAAGUUGAAGCGUUCUACACGAAAAAUGAUCAAAGCCGUUUAGAGAGUAUCGAAAUUUCCAACUGUCUAAUGAUGGAGAAUCUUAAGCAGGAGUUUGUUGGACACUGGGACACUGUGGAAUAUGAAGAUGUCAAAAAUACAACUUUUGACUAUCUUGUCAAUCAAGCUGUGGAGCUAUUCACUGGCAGUGGACUAGUUUAUCCCAGAGAAGCCAUCCAAGUGAUGAAAGUGAAGAAUAUCAGUGUACAGGUGGGCGAAAAUAAUGUGACAAACUUUAGAAUAUUCUUGAGUUAUCAGCAGAAUUAUUCUGUUGUGAAGCAGAGAUCUCCAGCACCAGAAAUCGAUGGUAUCUACGGAAUGGACUGUUACCCGAAGUGUGCACAAACUAAUAAGACGUGGCAAUGUAGCUUCACAGCUGUUGCAGACAAAUCUCAACAGAAAAUCAAUACAAGCCUGCACGACUGUUAUCAAAUGCUGGAGAUGCCAGUUAGUGAAAAUGUGUCACAAGAAGUAAAAUCCCCUAGUGAAUCUGAUUUGAAGAUUUCUGACGAUCUAAAGGGGAUUUUUGAAAAGGUUUUAAGAUUGUAUAACAAACGCUCUACCAGUUUAGUCUACGACAAACUAGUUUCAUACAAGAAUAUGCAAAGACAAAAAGUGUCAAUCGUUUAUCAACAGACUUAUGAUGACAAUACUCACACGUAUAACGCGAAAGGGGAGAAUUUCACAUUCACCGUCCACUUCAAGCCAACUGGAUGCGUAAAAUCGAAGCAUGCAGAUCAGAUAAAACUUGAAAAGUUUGAAGAUUGUGGAACAGUGACAGAAAAUUACACAGUGAUUUGUCAAGUGACUGCACUGAAAGAAUACGAUGAUGAAGAUGACGAUGACGAUGAGGAGGACUUGUUUAUACGAGUUCGAUUCGAGCAAUGCACUACAGUUUAUAAACGUAAAUGGCAAAUGCCUGAAACAUACGAUGAGAUUGUAAAACGAACACUCUCUGUAUUCAAUGCACAGAAUGGACGGCGUCAUUUGUAUUCAAUUAAUACAGUUGAAAAUUUCACAAUGACACCUACAAGUCCUACAAAAGAUACAGAAUCGAAGACUUUUCUCUUUGAUGUUGUUUUUCAGCCAACAAAUUGUAUGAAGGGUAGACAUGAACGUUUGUUAUAUGAGAAUCUGGAUCACUGUACAAAUCCUGAGGUUACGGAAGUUUUCAAGUGUAAAGCGAUUGUCAGUGAAACUGAUGAUACAAGAAAAUAUUUACUAAACAAUUGUAUGCAAGUACAAAAUAUUCACUUAUCCGGUCCUAUAACGGAAUAUAAUACCUUUGAUUAUACCGGUCAAAUGCCUGAUAUCCAAACAUUAUCUGAACGUGCACUCAAUGCAUACAACAAGUUAGUGGAUAGUAAAAUGAACUAUGAAAUACUCAACAUUGAAAACAUUAACUUCAAGUAUGUUGUAGGUGAACAACUUGACUUCAAUGUCAUAUUUCGAUCCAAAGAAGGAAGUGAUUCACCUAAGAAGGAAAACAAAUCACACUUAGUUCAAUGCCAUGUGCACUGGAGCAAUCGACCUUGGUUAUAUGAACAAGAUCUCAUGAAGUUGGGAGAAUGUGUAAUGAUAGAAAUUGAUGCCGAAAUGCUUCAAACAAAUUUUUGGUUUGAGGAUUUCAAUAGAGUCACACGGUUGAUCAGUGAAGAAAUGGGCGAGUAUGAUUCAUUCAAGCUUACUUCAAUGCCACACUGGAUGUCCAAUAUAUCUGAUGGCAAACAUUAUAGAAUGAGUUUAGUCCUUGCUAGGACUCCCAACAAAACUUCACCACGCCGAGGUGUCGUAGAAGAAGAAGAAGAAGAAAACCACUCGAAACUGUUGGUUGGGGCUGCACUUAACUGUACUGUGGAAAUAUGGGUUAGACCAUGGCUAAACAAUUCAAGACUGGUGAAAAUUGAACACUGCGACGAAUAUGAACACUACCUGAUAGAUAGAAUUUAUAUGACGAAACCGGUAAAGAAAAUUGACAUAAACUUGAGUCAAUCACUUCGACGUUAUUUACGUCUUGUUAAUGAUAGCCUUAUUAGUUAUACAGAAUUCAUGAAUGAGGUCAAGCGUCUUAUUGAGUUUUUUCCUUUAUCUGAACCAAAUGGAGGCUAUCGACUUGACAGUCAAGCUCAGUGCUCUAUAAUCAGCGUUGGAAUAUUUUUAGUGGAAUCUAAUCUGAAGGCUGAAUGUUUCAGUUUUGCCUUAUCUAGUCUAUUGAGUCAAAUUGCUCUUUUGGAUACAAAUCGUUCAGAAGACAUCAUCACUAGCAUCCUAGAUUGUGUUAGUAACAUUAUUAAUCAAAUAAAUGAGGUGUUACAACAGCCUAUCGACCGUUUUGCGGCUGUUUCAGCAUUCCUUCGUCAACCGCGAAAUCCGAAUACUUCACCUGAUGCUGUGAAACUUCAAAGUCAACAGCUUGCAGCUGAACGACUAUGUACAUUCCUUGCUCCUUCUGUAAUUGGUCUUCUAAGAGGCGUUGCUCGUGGCGUCGCACAUGUUAUGCCCUAUACUACUAAUUACAGUGGGAAUGCUUCAUUGCCUGUAGUAUCCCGUCUGUUUCAAUCUUCCCAGCCUACUAAACUGGUAGAUAGGGCUAAAUUUCAAACUUCGAUUGGUGCCUGCCCUCAUAAAUUAACAGAAGUUAGUUAUGAAUUCACACUCAGUGUUUACCCGUCCUUUUGCUGCAUAAUACCUCAUUCUCUGUGUCACUCACUACUGACAAACACAGGUGAAAAACACGUAGACAAGACAACUGUAUUUGAGUCAAUUGAUGCAGAACAAUUUGAUUUAUCUUAUAAUAAUGAUAAUUGGAGUAGUUCAUGGUUCAAUCCAAAUGGAAGUGAAUAUUUACUUGGUCAAGUUGCAUCGGUGUAUGCCUCUCAUCUACCACAUCGUGCUGUAAUGAGUGAAGAUCAUUUAAUUAGUAAUAGUGUUUUGACACAGUUCUCUGAAUGUCUUACAUCUUGUAGUCGUUCCAAUAAUCUAGCCAUCACAAUAUUUACAUCAAGUCACUUAAGAUCUCUUGUAAAAAUGGCUUACCAGUUAAUGAAUGAACGAUUCGCCAAACGUUUGGACUCAUUAGCGCUUAGCUUUUGGCCUUAUCGUCCAAAAACUGGCCGUUAUCCCUAUCGAUCAUUUGCGCAUUGUUUAAGGUUAUGUUGUCUUCUGUUGAUACGGGAUAUUUUUCGUAAUCCUAAGCAAGAAAUCAGUGAUAAACUCUCAUCCAGUGUACAAAGUUUAAUGCUUGAAGUCUAUGCAAUCUGUCUAAAUGAAGUGUCACGUUUAUCAGCAGAAGCAGCUGGUAUCCGUUCACCACCAGAUAAUGUAAAUAAACAAAGAGCUUCAUCUGAAGAAGCAUCCUCGCCAGUUGAAAAUGGUCGACCACACUUUUCGAAUCCCGAAGAUGAUGAUGAGGAGGAGGAGCAGCAGCAGCAAGACGGGAGAGAGGAGAAAGCUAGGAAAGGCAGCCGCCACAACAGUGAAGAACAGCAAACAUCUAAAAAUGUCAACUGUUCACCAGUGAGAAAAGAGAAUGGCAUGCUUAAAUCAAGCCCAACCAGUAAAUUGCCUAAUGGGUAUUCAAAUGACACUAAUUCACCUGAUGAAUAUCACAGCUUUGAUGAUAGUGGAAAUAAUAUGGUUGCUAUCGCAUCAAAAUCAGCUCGACUGAUACCAUCUUCAACUCCAGUAUCCUCGGAGUCAAAAGUGAGUAGUUAUGCUGAUAAAGAAUCACCUAUUGUUUCAAACAUUGAUGGUGUUGGAACUAACAGUUAUAUUCUAUCCUCAUCAUCUUUGAUUUCAUCGCCUACAAAGCCAAGUGAAAAUCAAUCACAAAGUACCAGUGCUGCUGUCAACAAUACCACCAAUGUAACCAUGCUAUCGAGCGAUCGAGUUGAGAGUUCAGCAAAUGCUUUAUUCGCUUUUGAUUUAGUCACUGCAACAACAGCUGCUUGUAUACAAAUUCUAACAAAAUCAAUUAAAGAUAUGUCAGAUUCUGAAAGUUUGCUUAUUCGCCUGCUGGAUCGUAUUGCCAAAGGGAUCGAUUUAAAAUUUGUUAUCCAUGCAGAUCGCGUAUUUGAACAAGCCGGUGCUGCUGCAACAUCAUCCUCAAAAAGUUUCACCAUACCAUCUGCAUGGGCUGUACAAAAUCUGCGUGGACACUUUAAUAUACCACAACGUCGUAUUUCUACACAAGUUGGCAUUCACCAGUUAAUGUCUGAUACAGCCUUAUCUACUACAGCUAAUACUCUGAAUAAUCGUAAAUCACGGCAUAGACCACGUCUUGCCCAUUUAGUUUGUAGUGCUGGUCUGCUAGUUGUUGUACUGGAGAGUGUUGGUCAGUUGACACAACAUUUCCCGCAUUUAGGUAAAGCUAGUUUAGAUGCUUUAAUUGAUUUCUUAUUGAAUCCAAGUCCAGUGUUGAGUAGACUGAAUCGUCAGAUUGACAGGCUGAGACAUUCUAAAGCUGGAAUUCUUAUCAUUAUUGAUACAAUGAGGAAAACAAAUUCAAAUGCUUCACUUACUGGAUAUGAAGCACAAUUAGCCGAACUGACUAAAAUUGAACGUCAUUUAACCUAUUAUAAUCGUAUAUUAGAGCAUAUACGUGGUGCAGCUAUUGAAAGUCUUUGUAGCAUUUUACUGCUUAAUCCUAGUUUCAUUGAAACAUUCCUGGCCGAUCUGUCUUGUCGAAUUUUCAAUGCUGCUGAAAGUGAUAGCCGACCUACCAGAGAUAUCAAUUUAAUGUAUUUGAAUGCUGUUUAUUGUCUUGGUCAUAUGGGUGUUGCAUUAGCACAAUUGCCUCAAGCACAAGAAUUGAUAUUACAGUUUCUACAACAGAAUUUAAAUCCUGUAAAAUUACUACCAGAAUUAGAGAUUAAAUCAAUGGAACAGUUGGGUUGUAUGGUGAUUAGUGGAUCGUCAGCAGUUCAUGAUCAAAUUAUGGAUAUAUUAACUGCAAUUCGUGUACGUGGCACUCGUGAAAUGGCUUUACAUCCACAAAUGAAAACAUCCAGGCUGAGGCAUUUAUCUGAAGCUAUGAUAAAUGUAUUCGCAAAUAUAUCAACAUUUGUACAAGGUCAAGCAAAAUUAAACAAACUCCUCCAUCGUCUGUUAGAGCAUUAUGUACACGUUGAUAUGGAAAUCGAUCAAGAUGCUAAAAAUGCAUCAAAUACAACAGCAGCUCAUGGCCUUGGACAACUUAUCCCCGUAAUAGCGAUUAUUCUACGACGUUUACCGCCGAUUCAAAAUCCUAAUCAACGCUUGCAAAAAUUAUUCAGAGAAUUUUGGUUGUAUGUUACGGUUAUGGGUUUCGCUGAUCCCAAUUCAACAGUAUGGCCUAUAGAAUACUAUCGUGGACUUUGUGAAAUUGCCACAAAAUCACCGGUUUUAUUAUUGAAAGAUUCAUUACGAGCUGAAUUACAACAAAGUUCUGCACUGAGCGCUAGAAAUUUAUCUCAGACUGAUGUGACGGAUAUACGUAACAAGUUAUGCGUUCUACUGGAUAACAAUGCUGAGACUUCUUCAUUGAUUAAUCGAAUGAGUGUUACUCAGUGUAUUUAUUUAAUGGCUGUUUAUAGAUUGGAAUCACUAUGUAUUGCACAUUCCACUGAUCCUGAAGCACUACAUCGAUUGUUCAUGUAUUUAGAGGACAAUAUCAUUAUAAAGGAUAAGUUUGGUAUGUGGACGUGUAUUUCUCAAGUAGCUGUUCGUAUAUUUACACGUUAUCUUGCUCAAAUGAAAGCUAAGCCAUUAGACACCGAACGUGAAUCAAUCAUGGAUAUGCAUGCUCAAUUUCUCCUGGUCACAUUCACGCGUAUACAUAAAAGUCUACGUAUUGUAGCUGAUGAAUUUCUUAGUAUGUUAGCCAAAGAUUUCCCUCAUGUUAUGUGGAGUGGACGUGUAUUGUUCACAAUGUUGGAUGUUGCUCAAUUAUUAUCACAGUCUUUGGAAGUGGAUCCGAAUCACACUGCUCCAGUGUAUAAUGUACCUGGUACAAAUUUCAAGUUAAUUACAACAGAUAGUCUACCUGUCAGAGAGAAAAUGUUGAAUGAUUUUGUUAAACGUUGUAAAGGCAUCAUUGAAGUUGGCUUACAAUGGGCACCGAAUUUAGUCCGUUCACAUUUAAUCAAUUAUAUGCUAGAAUUACAACAUCCUGCAACUGACCUGCCUCAGCAUACUGGUUUAGCUUUGGCUACUGAAUCAGUUUUAAACUAUGCUGGCUAUAAUCGUGCAGCAUCAUUUCUCGGGACUAAUGCUCUUGAGAAACGGCCCACGUGUGCAAAGUUGGAUUCUUCGAAUUUCAUGUAUAACUUGAUAUUACGCAAUCGAUUCUUGGGUGAAGCAUCUGGAAUGCUACGAUGUUCUGAUGAUCCAAUGAAGCUUAUCAAUAAAAUGACCAAAGAUUUAGAUGCUGCAUGCAUUAAUGCUUCACGUUUAUCUAAGCAAUUAUCUAAUCUAGAAGAAUCACAGCCGAAACAAAUGAAACCGAAUUUCAACAAUGAACCACAAACUGCAUCACUUGACCCUAUUACCGAACAAAUUAAACGAUUACAAAGUCAAAAGUCAGUUGCAUUAGAUAUUGUACAAGCAUGCUUAUUCCGUAUGACUGCAUUAUUAGUCAUGCAUAAGUCAUACAAUGAUCCAAUUGUGAAUAGAAUCAAUUUUCUACAACAAGACAAUGAAGCUUGUGAUAAUGACGACGAGGAUAGAGGAGGCGAUGAUGGUGAAAUCGAUCAGGAUGGCGGUGGUGGUGGUUAUGAUGACGAUGAAGAUGAUGAUGAUGAUAUGGAUGAAGACGAUGAUGAUGAUGCUGGCGUCGGAGAUGACGACGAUGAAGAUACAUCAUCGGAGAGGCGGAAACAUUCUCGUCGUCGGCAUAAUUUUCAUCGUCGUCUACAAUACGGUGGUUCAGUGAUGAAACGAUUACUGCGUAAACCGAAAACCUCCGUCGCUCGUUUCACUAUUCCAAAUAUUUCAGGCACUAAUCCUUCUACUGGUUAUACUACCACCACUACUGCUACUGCGACGACAAUUAUGACGAUGACUUCUAGCAGUGUUACUACGACGACUACCACUACUACUGGAAAUGUACCGUCAGCGGCGAGUUUCAUAAAUUUCAGAAAAUCCUAUAUGAUGAAUGGUGAUGCAGCAAGACGUCUGUUACAAGAAAUAUGUCAUUCACCGCUUCGAUUGUUCACUACAGAAAUGUUAGAAAAUGCUUUAGCCUGUUGGCAAUGGUUAGUUGUCGGUCGACCGCAGUUAAUUAUACAGCUGUUAAAUGAAUUAAGUGAUGCUUGGCAGACAACAAUUCAUCGACGUUUAGGCGUAUUUGCUGUGCAUAAUGCAGAUGAUGGUGAAGUUCUACCUUUAGUUGUUUCAGAUCAAUUAAAAUAUGUUCCAUCAAAGUGUAAUACUGGUCCACAUCAUUUAUGGUCACAGUUUUUCAGUGAGCGAUUAUACGUUGCUCAAUCUUCUAGUCAAGAACAGCUGGAUAUCUUGUUCGAUUUACUACAAAAAACAUUGGCUGGUGAAAUUGCCUCGCUAGAUAAAAGUCAUCAACAACAGCCACAACAACAAUCACAACGGCACCGUCAUCAUCGUUAUCAGAAUGCUGUGUCUAUUAUACACGGACGAUUAACUAGCAAUGUAGCUGCAUUAGGUGUACGCUGUCGACUUGUUGAAAUGUGUUUAAGUCUAUUACAGAAUACUGGAUUUAAACCUACCAAUGUUGGAUAUCAAGGAAUUUCAACGGAUGAGACGUCUAGUGGUGUCGGUGGUGGUGGAGGUGCUACAACAGCAGGUGGUGGUGGGGGGGGGAUGGGUAGUAGUGCUGGAAGUUUAGUCAGUGCUGGCGGUAGAACAGGCGGGAGCAGUAAUAGUCAAUCUUCAAAUGACAGUGGACAUUUAUUCCCGUUGGCUAGAAUUGCUCUUCGAGAGAAGGCGUAUGCAGCUAUAUUGAAUUAUUUCACGGUGAAACCACAAUAUCCAAUGAAACAAGGCGCGGAUUUAUCAGAUGAAUUAAAAGCACUGAGUCGUCUUUGGAGUUUAAUGCAAGCUGAACGUAAAUACUUGAGUACAAGUAUGAUCGAAACGGAAAUGAGUGCCCUGCUGGAAUCUGUUGGUCGUGGUGGUUAUGGUGGUGGUGCUGUUGGUGGUUUCAUCAGUGAUAUUGAUGCAGCAAUCAAUUUUCAAGAUCAAGGCUUAGUCAAUACACCUGAAUCUUGUCUUGUUGGAAGUAGUAGCGGAGCGACUGGUGUCCUCGGGACACCGAUUAGUCCAGCAAGUUUUCCUACAAAUCCUGUGUCGAAUACAACUUUUAAUGCAACUAGUUCAUCACCGAAUAUUCGACAUGUGAAUUCAUACAUUUAUAAUGAAUCAUGUAUGAUAACACCGAAUGUUACACCAGGUGUAGCAGCCACCCCAGGAACAACAACAACCCCAACCCCAAUGACAACUGGUGGCGGUGGGGGGGGUGGUAGCAGUAGUACUACUAGUGGAGGUACACUGCCAAGAUUACGUUCACAAGUUAUGCUGUUAACUGAUCAACCCUUAGAACGUCCUGGUGUUGGUUCAUUAAUCCUACCGUCUGCAUUGAAUUCGACAACUUCAUCAACACUUCAAAAUGCUGCUGUACUAGCUGGUAGUAAUAUUGCACAUUCGGUUGUCUCUAAGCGUUCAUCAGCUACUGGAGGUAAACAAAGCGCUAGAACAACUGGAGAAAAUUAUUUGAAACAAAUAUUCUUGCAAAAACGUGAAUUGAUUUUAAUUCUAUUGGCUUCAGAGAUUGAACGCCUUUCAGUUUGGUUUAAUCCACAAGCACUGCCAGAUCUUAUUGGUGUCAAGGAGGCUGAAGUGGAAACAUGGCUUCGUGAGACAUUACGUAAAAAGAGUUGGCGUAGAUGGACAUCAUUGGCCUGGGAAUUAUGUCCACCUGUAGCUGUUUAUAUGCCGCAAAGAUUUACUGGUUCAGAUGAAUUACGUCGUGAAAUCUCACUCCUUGUCACUGCUAAUCCACAACAUGUUACACAUGUACCUGCUGCUUUACAAUAUCUAGCUACUUCUAGUAAUAUUGAAGAAGGACGUACAGAGUUGUCUCAUGUAUUGACAUGGUCACCUGUUGCCCCAGUAGUUGCCCUAUCCUUCUUCUCACGUAUGUAUCCUCAACAUCCAUUGACACAUCAAUAUGCUGUCCGUGUGUUGGCUGAUUAUCCACCGGAUACUAUGUUGUUUUAUGUACCUCAAUUUGUUCAAGGAAUACGUUAUGAUAAAUUGGGUUAUUUAUCCGAGUCAAUAGUCACUUCAGCGAAACGUUCACCAUUACUAGCGCAUCAAUUGUUAUGGAAUAUGAAAACUAAUAUAUACCGUGAUGAAGAAGGAGUGAAAUUCGACAAUGAAAUCGGCAAUCACCUCCUUGCAUUAACUAGUACUAUACAACGUAAUUUCAAUGGAUCAACAUUAGCCUUUUAUCAGAGGGAAUUUGAAUUUUUCGAUCAAAUCACAUCAGUUUCAGCUAAAAUUAGACCAUUCCCUAAAGGUGAAGCACGUAAAAAAGCCUGUCUAGAUGCUUUACGUGAAGUGAAUGUCAAACCUGGUUGUUAUUUACCAUCGAAUCCUGAUUCAGUUGUCCUAGAGAUUGAUUAUAUGUCUGGGACACCGAUGCAGUCUGCAGCUAAAGCACCAUUUUUAGCCAGAUUUAAAGUUCGUCGUGUCGGUGUACAAAAUUUGGAGGCUGAAGCUAUAGCCGCGGCCUCUGAAGCACAAUAUCCUGCAGCAGUGACAAGUACCACUGAUCAAUCACAUCAGCAUCAUCGUGAUUCAGUGGAUGGAUUCAAUUCAGUUGUGAAAAUGUUUUCACAAGCAGGCAUAAAAUCACGACGACGUAAUAGCCAUCAAGAAAACCCGUCGAAUAGUCCAAGUAGACAAGCCUUGUCUACAACUGUUUCCGGUAAACAUGGUACGGUCGGUUCACGUGUCAAAUCACGGCAGCCUGUCACUGGAGGUAGUCAAGGUACAAGUAAUCAACUAGCCUCUGAUGAUAAACAGCCAACUACAUCAAAAUUAGGUCAUGUAUUUAUGCAAGCGUGUAUUUUCAAAGUGGGUGAUGAUGUUAGACAGGAUAUAUUAGCACUGCAAAUUCUUCAAUUAUUCAAAAAUAUAUUUGAAAGAUGCGGAUUGGAGUUAUUUGUCUAUCCGUAUAGAGUGGUAGCAACGUCACCAGGGCGUGGUGUCAUUGAAUGUGUACCAGACAGUAAAUCACGUGAUCAAAUUGGACGUCAAACUGAUGGCAAAUUAUAUGAAUACUUUUUAAGUAUAUACGGAGAUGAGACGACGCCCAGUUAUCAAUUGGCUCGUCGAAAUUUUGUAUUAAGUUUGGCUGCUUAUAGUGUCUUCUGUUAUUUAAUACAAAUUAAAGAUCGUCAUAAUGGAAAUAUUAUGGUUGACAAAAGUGGUCAUAUUAUACAUAUUGAUUUCGGUUACAUGCUAGAAAGUAGCCCCGGUGGUAAUUUAGGCUGGGAAAGUGAUAUGAAAUUAACCAAAGAAAUGUUUAUGAUUAUGGGUGGACGUAUGGACAGUCCACCGUACUUAUGGUUUGAACAUUUAUCUGUACAAGCCUAUCUAGCUUUACGACCGUAUCAAGAGGCGAUUGUCGCCUUGAUCUCAUUAAUGCUGGACUCUGGUCUACCGUGUUUCCGUGGACAAACUAUCAAACUGUUAAGACAACGAUUUGCACCACAAUUGUCAGAUCGUGAAGCCGCCGCCUCCUAUCUACGUAUUAUGCGUACAUGUCUUGCUCAUUGGAGGGAUAAAUCGUAUGAUGUAAUUCAGUAUAUGCAAAAUCAAAUUCCUUAUUAA